UGCUAUAGAAAACGUCAUAGAAAAAAAUCAGUUUUUAGUUUUACAAAAAACAUAAUCCUCUUUAUUCAAGUCCAAAACAACUGAAUUAAUAAAAUGGACUUCAUACAAAAGUCCCUUUGUACUCUGGUCGUAAUUUUGUGUGUAGCAAAUAUGUUAGUUUCGUGUCAACAAGUUUCACCCAACGCGAUUGAGGGAAUUUUUUUCAAACCAUGGCAACUUUUUCGACCAGCAGUAAUUCAGCCAGUGAAGUGUUUCGUAUGUUCUUCGAUGGAUGAUGGUCAGACUUGUGUACAAACAGUUAGUUAUAACUUUCUAUGUGAAAGUCCAUCAGGAAUGUGUUACACGAACAUUGUUGAUGGCAAAGUGACUAGAGGCUGUGUUGGUGAUGCAACAUUCCCCACGGAAAAUUCAAUUCGAAAAUGUGCCGAUGGCGUAAAAUGUGAAGUGUGUAAUCACAAUUUUUGCAACCAGAAAGUCCUAUUGGACACGUGCAUCCAAUGCAACAGUGCAGACAGUGGCAAUGCAUGCAAAGAUAAUCCAAGUUCAAACAUGCAAGCCGUGUGUACGGUGGGUCAAAAUUCAGUAAUGGAUCCAUCGUCUGGUUGUUAUUUGGGUAUAACUGGCAGCAUUUACCAGAGAGGCUGUGUUCAGGAUCUAAAAUCACGAGAUAAGAAUACGUGUGAGAGUCAAUCGAAAGACUGUAAAGUUUGUUCGGCACCAAAUUGCAAUCGAAAAGCCGAUUUCAGCAUAAAUUGUUUCGAAUGCAGCGAAAAAACGGAUGCGAAUUGUGUCGAAGGUGAAAAUUUGAAACAAGUUCCGUGUAAUGAGUUUUCGGACACAUGUGUGGUCGGCAUCGAUGGAGACGGAUUUACACAUCGUCGAUGCAUUCGCAACCAUGGACUCGCUUUGGCCAUGACAUUUUCGAAAUAUCAAACAUGCCAUACAAAUCUAUGUAACAAUCAAAUAUUCCCAGAAAAUCGACUCAAGUGCUACCAAUGUCAAGGGAUUGGAUGUGAAAAUUUGAGCACAGUUUCAACACCAAAAGCAUGCCCCAAUUCAUACAAUGAAGUAGAUAGAUGCUUUACAUACGCGGAUAAAGACCGCACAUUUUACCGUGGCUGCAUGUCUGACUCUACCGAAGGAAAGGCGCUGUGCGAACAAAAUAUGUUGAAUUGCAAAGUGUGUGACGGUUCUGGUUGUAAUUCGGAUACAAAAGUGGAAUUCAACUCAGUUAGCUGCAAUCGAAGCUACAUCACGUUCACUUUUAUUUCUACAAUAUUUUUGUUCCUUCGAUCGAUAGAUUUAUUUUAAAUACUGAGAAGUACCUAUGAAU